AGCCCCCUACUGCACGCUGAUUGGACCACAACUCAGUUAGGUCUGUGUGCUGUGAGAUUGAAAAAGUAGUUUCGGAGUUUCGGGCUUAAUUCCGAGAUUGUUUUGUUUCCAGUGUUGUAAUGAUGAUUUGGCUGCUUUCAAUGAGAAAGAAAAUGUGAAGAGAUGGACUUUAUGACGAUAUUCGGAGCCAUUUUUGUCGUUUUUUGCCACACGGGCUCUACAUCUAAACUCUUCAGUGGCCAGCGCAUCUGUCGGCGAGGCACAGAGAGGCCGUGCUACCGGCUGGCUCACAUCCCGGACCCGCGGCAGCGGGUGAGCUAUGAGGAGGCGCGGGAGGCGUGUCGGGGCGACGGCGGAGAGCUGCUGAGCUUGGAGACGGAGGACGAGCAGCGAUUGGUCGAGCGCUUCCUCCAACUGCUCUCCGGAGACUUCUGGAUCGGACUCCGCCGGAGCCUCCGGCACCGCGAACCCGGGACCAGCUGCUCCGCACUCUACUACUGGGUGGACCGCAGCCCGGCCACAUACAGGAACUGGCAGUGGGAUGAGCCCUCAUGUGGGCGUGAGAUGUGUGUGGUGCUGCACCAGCGCCCCUCUCAGGUGGGCGGGGUCAACUACAAGUGGAACGACAUCAGCUGCAACCUCAGACACAACUUCAUCUGCAAAUACUCAGACGAAAAGAAAUAUGAGGUCAUCAUCACUCCGGCCCCCUCAGCGGUCAACCCAGAGGCUCCAGUUAUCUCUGUGACACCGAAUCAACGCACCGUCACCGGGGACGACAGGGAUGUGAGAGCUGGUGUCUCUGAGUCAUCAGUGUCUUCCACAGAUACGACCCUCAACAUCCUGCUCAUCACCAUCCCCCUCCUGCUGCUGGUGCUACUGCUGGGCUCUGGCCUCUUCUGCUACAGGCUCAUGGCCAACAGGAGGAAGGAGCCGUCGGAGCCCAUCUAUGCCAAGCCAGGCCAGUGGGUCACAGUGGGCAGCAGUGACAGUGCAGGCAUCCUCUUCUCACAGCAGGGGGCACCAUUGAGCAGCCAGCGCCCCCCUGGUCACAACAGCCCCUCGUUUGGCAUCUCUGCCCCUCAGGGGGCACCACUGAGUGCCCGCCGUCCCUGUGCCCCAUCCAGCGGUCAGUAUGAGGACUACGAGAAUGUCCCCAGCAGCAAGGAGCAGGCCAGUGGCUUCGUCACCAACGACAUCUACGAGAGCUGCAGGAACCCCAGUGCUGUGGAGGCAGGCUGGGUGGAUAAUGAGAUUUAUGGAUAUUAAACACACACACAGACACACACACACACACACACACACACACACAAACACACAACUCAGAGAUGUUGAACACUCUAUCUCUCACAUACACAAACACACUCUCUCACACACACUCACACACACACACACAGUAACACUCAAACACACACUUCACAGAUGAACUCUCUCACAUGCUCACAUAACAUACACUGCUCACACAUACACAUAGUACAGAUAGGGAAUGCUGUCUCACAUGCACACACACACACACCCAACCGUCAGGGUCAGGGUGCUAAAAGCGCUGAGAUGUUCCUACAACCACCUCUCACACACACACACACACACACACACACACACACACACACACACACGUCCUGCCGUCCUCUUCCUGUGUGGAGCCCCAUGUCCUGGAACGGGCCGAUCCAAGCACACACACCCAUGGCAACACCGUGACCCAUAACCCCUCACCAUGUUCUACCUCCGUGUGUGUGUGUGUGUGUGUGUGUGUGUGUGUGGUCUCUCUAGGGAGCCUUGCAGCUGAACCCACAUCAGCGAGAACAAGAACUGUGUGUGUAUGUGUGUGUGUUUGUAUGUGUGUCUGUGUGUGUGUGUGUGUGUGUGUGUGUGUGUGUGUGUGUGUGUGUGUGUGUGUGUGUGUGGUCUCUCUAGGGAGCCUUGCGGCUGAACCCACAUCAGCGAGAACAAGAACUGUGUGUGUGUGUGUGUUUGUAUGUGUGUGUGUGUGUGUGUGUGUGUGUGUGUGUGUGUGUGUGUGUGUGUGUGUGUGCUGCCACUCUGCGGGUGCAGAGUAGGAUCGUAGCUCGAUGCACAUGAACAUGGAGAGUUUCUUAUCAAAUCCACUAUUUUCAGUUGUGCUGCCUUUUAACUCAAUUACGCUUGACAUCUAGUGGCUGGUACUUUAUCAAGAUACUUUAUUUCCUGAAUUAUAGUAGUCAAAAACAGUGUGAUGAUCUGCAAGGUAUUGUAAAAGUUAAUAUGAUAUUUGUAUAUUACUGAAAAAAUAUGAAGCUAACAGAGGAAUUCUUUUCCAUGAAAUACUUUUUAUUGCUUGAUGUUGUCUUGCUUUGCUGACUUAAUUAUUUUUUUAUUGCAUUGCAUAUAAAAUAAAGCCUAAAGCGACCAAACUGGA